AUGAAUACCUUGCCGCGAAUAUCGAAUGCAGUGCGAAUGCCAACACCCACACGUCUGCGAGAUCUCAUCCGGCAAAUACGCGCCGCCAGGACAGCCGCAGAAGAGCGCGCUGUAGUUAACAAAGAAUGUGCCUACAUCCGCAGCACUUUCCGGGAGGAGGAUUCGGUGUGGCGAUGCCGCAAUAUUGCAAAACUACUCUACAUCCACAUGUUGGGUUAUCCAGCGCAUUUUGGACAGCUGGAAUGUCUGAAGCUCACCGCCAGUACACGUUUCACCGACAAACGCAUUGGCUAUUUGGGUGCCAUGCUGUUGCUAGACGAACGUCAGGAUGUGCCGCUGAUAACGAAUUGCCUCAAAAAUGACUUAAAUAGUUCCACACAAUUUGUGGUGGGUUUGGCGCUGUGCACGCUGGGCGCCAUAGCAUCGCCCGAAAUGGCACGUGAUUUAGCUAGCGAGGUUGAGCGCCUAAUGAAGUCGCCCAACACCUAUAUUCGCAAAAAGGCAACACUGUGCGCCUUUCGUGUUAUACGGCGAGUACCAGAACUGAUGGAAAUCUUUUUACCGGCCACACGUUCACUGCUUAGCGAGAAGAAUCACGGCAUAUUAAUUACUGGCGUUACACUCAUCACCGAAAUGUGCGAGAACAGCGCCGACACUUUAAUGCAUUUCAAGAAGGAUAGCGGAAAUCGAGAGAUUGUGCCAAAUUUGGUGCGUAUUCUGAAGAAUCUAAUUUUGGGCGGCUACUCCCCGGAGCAUGAUGUCAGUGGUGUGAGUGAUCCGUUUCUGCAGGUGAAAAUUCUACGUUUGUUGCGCAUACUCGGUCACAAUGAUGUGGAUGCCUCAGAGGCAAUGAAUGAUAUUUUGGCGCAGGUAGCCACCAAUACGGAAACAAGUAAAAAUGUCGGCAACACCAUUCUGUACGAGACUGUGCUCUCUAUAAUGGAUAUACGCUCGGAAGGUGGCCUCCGCGUGUUAGCCGUCAAUAUUCUUGGUCGUUUUCUACUUAACUCCGACAAGAAUAUUCGUUAUGUGGCAUUGAAUACGUUGCUGCGUACUGUACAUGCAGACACGUCGGCGGUGCAACGUCAUCGCACCACUAUUUUGGAGUGCCUAAAAGAUCCGGAUGUUUCGAUAAGGCGUCGCGCCAUGGAACUCUCGUUUGCGCUAAUCAAUGCACAAAAUAUUCGUACAAUGACGAAGGAGUUGUUGCUGUUCCUCGAGAAGGCUGAUCCCGAAUUCAAAGCGCAAUGUAGUUCGGGAAUGAUUUUGGCUGCUGAACGUUACUCGCCCAAUGCGAGAUGGCAUCUGGAUACACAGCUGAGUGUAUUGGUUGCGGCUGGCAACUAUGUGCGCGACGAUGUGGUCUCAUCCACCAUUCAAUUGGUCUCGAGCAGCCCUGUCGCAGAGCAGACAUACAUAACGAAUCGCUUCUGGGAGUCGCUUCAGGUCGCAAAUCAUUGUGAAGACAAGCAGCCGCUGCUGCAAGUGGCUGUGUGGGCCAUUGGCGAAUAUGGUGAUCUCUUUAUGUACGGACCAAACGAAGAUGAAUUUGAACGUCCGUCAGAAAGCGAUUUAAUCAUCAUGUAUCAUAAGUAUUUAACCUCUGCUCAAGUAUCAAUAAUCAGCAAGCAAUACGCCUUAGUGUCACUCGCUAAACUCAGCACGCGUCUACAGAAUUGUGUAGAAGAAAUUCAGGCAUUGAUUACCUCAUUCGGCAGUCAUCUGAAUGUGGAUUUGCAGCAGCGUGGCGUUGAGUUCACGCAACUAUUUGGCACCUACAAGAAUUUGCGUCCACCGUUGUUGGAAAAAAUGCCACCAAUGCAAAUAAGUCGCAUCUCUUCGCAAAAUGGCGAGAGUAGUGGUUCGUAUGAUGACAACAGUCCCGAUUUAAUUGAAAACGGCAUAGGCAUUGGCGAUGAACAACAGCUGGGCAAAGAAAACAACAUGAAUACGAUGGGUGACAAUACGAAUAUAUUGCUGGACUUACUUGGUGGUGCCGAUUUGACUUCCCCCACAGCGACAGAUUUGUCAAACUCGGUUGCCGUUCAAAAGAAAAACACUAAAAAUGCUAACGAAACGUCUAACAAUCAAGCCAUACUUGACUUGCUCGAUUUGGACAUCUCAGCUGGUGGUACCACCAAUGCGGCAGCUAAUAUGAAUAAUGUGCUUGGCCUGGACUUGAGUGUUGGUGUGUCGGCAUCAAUACCAACGACAGCGGCGACAAAUGGCAACGAUCUGGCGAGUAUAAUGUCACUAAGCGGCAAUGUCGGUGGUGGGGGUGGCAUCGGUGUCGGCGGCCUGUUAGGCUCGAAUAGUAUUUUAUCUCAGCCAGGCGCUAUCCCCGGCAAUGCAUUGCUCUCCGAUUUAGCGUCACCAGUUGUGAAUGUUCAGCCACCAAAUAAUAUUGCUGUGCCUCAAGGUCCCACUUUGACAGCGUUGGAUAAGAACGACUUGCUGGUACAAUUGGUACCGGUAAGAGGCAACGACUGUUUACAGAUAUUUAUGAGAACAACAAAUAAUUCAGUCAAUACAUUGGAACAGUACGUCUUUCAGGCCGCAGUUCCUAGAGUAUUCACACUACAAAUGCUAUCGCCUUCUGGAUCGGUAUUACUGCCGGGUGGUGUUAUAACGCAAGAGAUGCGUGUUGUCAGUUCGUCCAAUGCUACCCUUCGCAUGAGGUUACGCAUAUCAUAUGUUGUCAAUGGACAACCCGUAGCGGAGCAAACGGAAGUUACCGGAUUUCCUGAGAUCGUACCCGAAUAGGAUUGAUUCAAAAUCUAAGAAAAAUUAAAUUUGCAGUAUAAGCAUAAAAAAACAUGUUAAUAGAGCGUCUAAGCAACAAAAAAAAA